UUCGCGUUCGAUCCAUUCAAGGACGAUAUUUUUUAGAAUUCGCGUGAAUUUUCAGAUAUUUUAACAAAAGUCUACAAAAGAUUUUGAAAUACUCUAUGGUGUCCAUGAUGGUGUCUAUAUGCCGAUGCAAAUGGCUCAGCUCGUCGUAUUAUAUCCACUAUCUUAUAGGCCUUUUUAAAUAAAAUAUCGUUUUGAAUUGAUUUUCAGUUCAAAGUUGAAGUCCACAUGACUUUUGAUACAAAAAGCUGUAUGAGCUGUAUAUCGAACGCACUACCAAGCGUCACAUCAACAUGGCAAUUCGCAAAAUAGUAAUGCAAAUGUAUUAUUAAUAUUAUUUGACUUUUAUUGGUAUAGGUAGUUGCAUCUAGAGCGAUCGCAUAGGACUUGAGCAUACAUUAGCUGUGGAAAUAGCCAAGAAAUAGCAUUGACAUGGAGAUGGAAGCAGAGCGUGUUAGUGUUGUGUUGAAGCCAAAGUUUGAACUGUUAGACCCAAAUUUUGAGGGUUACAAACUGAAUCUUGGCAAAAUACCAACUUACAGCAAGAAUAUUGAUCAGGGUGUUCUCCAGGCCCCAGAGUCAGACAACUAUUCAUAUCAGCAAGUGAGGCUAUAUGCAUUGCACAAUCACCUGCUGGAGGAUCCAUGGUGCACCGGGCUCAAUUUCUACUUUGCCGCCUCAGGAGCUGUCCAUGUUGCAGCACUUGAUGAGUCGCCGGGUGCGCCGUCCCGUCUGCGCGACACGGCGGUGCUGCAGCUGCCGUCCGGCGGCGCCGCGGACGCUGCCGGCGCGCCCACCCACCCCUCGCUCUGCCUGGCCUCCGAGCGGCUGGCGCUGGUCGCUGACGGGCGCGGCUCGCUGUACGUGGCACAGACCGGGGACCGCCGGCAGCACCAGCCCUGGCAGGUGGCGGCCCGCCUGGAGCCACUGGCCGGCGCCGGGUUCGUGCUGGCCCACUGUGCACUGGACCCGGCCGGCCGGCUGCACGCGCUCACCGAGCACGUGGUGGAGAAGGAGACGGUGCCCGAGUGGCGGCCGGACGGCGGCGCCGAGGCCACCUUCCUCAACCUGCUCACCUGGCUGACCCUGGAGACAGACGCCGACUGUGGGUGGCGCGUGACGCGGCUGCGGCAGGCGGCCACCGCCGGCACGGUGCACUACUCGUGUCUGGAGCAGUCCGGCGGCGCGCUCUGCGUGGCUGCCGACCGGCCGGCGGCGCUGGUGCGCGACUCGCAGAGACCGGCCGCCCCUACCGCUGCCGCUGCCGACACCGGCGCGGGGUCCGGCGCCGGGAACCAGACGGAACCACAGGAGCCGCUGUACCGCUGGAGUCAGACGGCCGAUGACGUCACCGUUCAGCUGACGUCACCGGUGGGCUGCGCCGACGGCGUGCGCGUGGUGCUGGAGCCCAGUGAGCUGAGCGUGUCGGCCGGCCAGCAGACGGUGCUGCGCGGCGCGCUACCGGCCGCCAUCCGACGGGACGAGAGCACCUGGACUGUGGACGACGGCAGGCUGGAGCUGGUGCUGGCCAAGGUGGAGCGCGGCCAGCGCUGGGCCGAGCUGCUGGUCGGCGACACGCGCGGCCAGCAGACUACCGACGCCGACACGGCCGGCGACGACGCCAUGGAUACAACGGAACGCAAGCCGGAGGCGGACCCGGACCGGCCCGGACCGGUGGUCGGCACGGAGGUGGAGGAGUGCGAUGACCUGCCCGAGCACAGUGCUGCCCUCUACCGGAUGGACGGAGAGACCGGGGCGGUGACCCACGAGGUCAGUCUGAGCGGUCACCAGUACCUGAUGACGGUCCGCCUGUCGGCCGCCGAACCACCGGCCUUCUGCAUCAGACACGAUGUCGACGGACUCGUCUGGCAGCCCAGCUGUCAGGAUAACAGGUACCAGUGUGAACACGUGGGUACGCUGCAGGCGUUCGGCUUCGUGCAGGCGUCUAAACAGCAGCGCAAGUUCAUCACCUGCGCCACAGACCUCUCGUACGCGCUGGUGUGUGAGACGUCCCGGCACGUGUACAUCUACCACCAGCCGUCGGCUGUCGACGGAGACCUGCGCAACAGAAAGUCCGGGAGGCGCGUCAGAGAGGUGUCUCGCCAGCAGGUGGUCAGUCUGGAGGACCAGGCGCCGAUUCUCGGGGUGACGGCCGCCCCCGGCGCCAUCUUUGUCCUCACCGCCGGUCAGCUGCACGCGCUGGUGCUGGGCGGCCAGGGGGGUCAGGUGGGGGAUCAGUGAGGUCAGCUGGGCGACCAGGGAGGUCAGCUGGGCGACCUGUCAGGUCAGCUGGGGGACCUGUGAGCUCAGGUCAGCUCAGCAACCAGUGAGGCUCUGCGAGACCUGCUGGCCGGAUGAAGUUCAGUCCGACGCCGGCUCAGUCAUCGGCCGGCAUAGUCCGGCCAGUCGGCUGCUCAGUCCGAUGAGCCGGCUCAGUCGGCUGCUCAGUCCGAUGAGCCGGCUCAGUCAGCGGGGGUUCAGUCCGGCGAGCCGGCUCAGCAGCGGGAGGUUCAGUCCGGCGAGCCGGCGGACGCAGACGCCCCGGGCCGUUCGUCGUGUGAUUUCUGGCAAUUCCGCUCGUCGGAGGUGCUUUGGACGUUUUGUACUGCCCAUUUCGAAUGAAUAUAUGUGAAUUUAUGUUUA